AUGAAUACAAUUAACUUUUUUAUAAAUAUAUUUUUUAUUUUAAAUAUUUAUUUUAUUAAAUCAACACUAGCUUUAAAAAAAGGGCGUAGUGAUAUUUAUUUAUCGUCAAAUACAAAUAUACAAAAUGUUAAAAGUUUGAAUUCAAAUCCUUUCAAAACUUUUGAUAAUUUAACAAAAGAAUUGUUUUUAGAAUUAAAUGAAAUCGAUAAUGUGAUGUUAAUAAAAUUAAAUAAGCAAGAUAUACCAUCAAAAAAACUAUCUACCUAUUAUGGGAAGGUAACAAUAGGAGAAAAUCCAGAAAGUUAUUUUAAUGUUUUAUUUGAUACAGGUUCAUCAGAAUUUUGGAUUCCUUUUGAAACAUGUAAGAGUUCACAAUGUAAUUUACAUAAAAAAUAUAAAAAAAGUAAGACAUUUAAAUAUAAGUAUGAUAAAAAAGGAUUACCAAGUAUUUUAGAAAUAGAUUAUUUGAGUGGCAAAGUAGUUGGAUUUGAUGGUUAUGAUACAGUAAAAUUAGGAAAAGAUCUAAUAAUUCCUAAUACAAACAUUUCAUUUGCUACAAAUAUAGACAUACCCAUUUUAGAGGAUUUCAAGUGGGAUGGUAUAAUAGGUUUAGGAUUUGAAAAUGAGGAUUCAAGAAACCGUGGAAUAAAACCUUUUUUAGACCAUUUAGCAUACGAAAACAUCUUAAAAGAGAAAAAUUAUAAGAAUCAAUUUGGUUAUUAUUUAUCAGAUGAAGAAGGAUAUAUAACAUUUGGUGGUAUAGAUAAAAGAUUAAAAAAAUCACCUGAAGAAAACAUUGUUUGGACUCCAGUUUCUACUGAUAUGGGCUUUUGGACAAUUGAUAUAUUAGGAAUUCGAAAAGAAAAAAUUCUUAAUUUGGAAGAAAAGAAAGAUGACGAAUUAAUAGUUAAAUAUGAAGGUUUUCAUGAUGGAGGAAAAAAGUCAAUAGUUGAUACAGGAUCUUUUUUAAUAUAUGCUCCAAAAAAUACUAUGGAAAACUACUUAAGUGAUUUAAAAAUAAAUUCAUGUGAUGAUAAAUAUAAACUGCCUUACAUAAUUUUUCAGUUAAGAGCAAAAGAAACAAGUAAAGUUAAUGGAUUAGCAGUUAUUGAAUUAGUUUUGUCUCCUAAUGAUUACGUAAUUGAAUAUAUAAACGAAUUAAAUUCUACAAAAGAAUGUAUCAUAGGUAUACAAGCUGAUGAACAAUUUGAGGAAGAUCAUAUAAAUGGGUGGACCCUAGGACAGGUUUUUUUAAAAUCAUACUACACCAUUUUUGAUAAGGAUAAUCUACAAAUAGGUUUUGCUAGAAGCAAACAAAAGUUUUUUAAUGAUAAUUAUUUAAACAAAUCAUUUAUUAAUUUGAGAACAAAAAAAAAAAAAAAAAAAAAUUACAAUGGGCCAUUAUAA